UGGAAUUUAAAUUGUAAAUUGAUUCUUUAGGCAAAUUUUUUUUCAAUUCGUCGAUUGAUCAAUGGUAUUAUGCGCAAAUGCAACUUUGUUCCGUAAAAAAGCUACAUUUGCGCCUAAAUCCAGUCUCGAAAACGCGUCGUACGUCGUAUAUGCCGCGCACUAUACGAAGCAACAUGGCGGACUUGCUACUUCCGAUAGCCCAAGGAGACCGGCGUCAUUUCCCUCUUCUACGUUACACUCUACGCUCGCUAGCAAGUACUUUGACCAGCCUCGACUGAUGCAACUGCAAAGUGAUAGCGAAUUAUCCACACACACGUAAGAGAAACAGCGUCAAAACAGCGAACUGUACGAGCUAAACGCGCGGACUUGCAUCCCACUUUUCCUUGCAACCGAUUUUGUUUUUCGUCGUCAACUGAAUUGAAGUUUUAAUCGAGGACGAUUACGGACAUUGCGCUUCUCGCUUCAAGAUGUACACGCGAAGCAGGCAGCAAAACCAGCAAAACUACAACAACGGGCGAAAUCCAAAUAAUCCUCAAUCCCAAGGAUCUCAAGGAGCCCAGGGAUCUUACACGAUGCCUUAUAAUACACAAGGAAGUUAUCAAGCGUCGCAGUCCAUUCAACAAAGCAAUUAUAAACAAGACAACGUACAAAACUCACAAGGAUUCAAAUCACAGCAGCAACAACAGCCGCAACAGCCAGCAGCCGCACGGUCUUUACCAUCUAUAGCACCUACACAACAACUAAAACAACAACAAUUACAACAACAACAAGGACAGCAGCAAAAGUUACAGCAGCAGCAGCAGCAGCAGCAACAAGGACAGCAACAAAAGCUACAAUUGCAGCAGCAGCAGCAGCAAAAAAUGCUACAGCAACAACAGCAGCAACCUUUAGCGCAGCAAAUGAACCAACAAAUGAUACAACAGCAACAGGCACAGCCACAACAGCAGCAACAGGCAUCACCAUUGCCGCAGCGAUUGAAACCGAUCUUGAAGCAAAGUACACCAUUGACACAGCCAGCUGCACCUGUUGCGCAAACUCCACCAGUGACUUCUCAGCCUCCUGCAAUGCCUCCAAGCUCUACUAAUAAUAAUUCCGAUAUUACGAUGUCUGAAGACAAGGAUGAUAACAUGUCUCUUGAUAUGCCCAACCAAGAUGCUCAACCAAGAUGGCGAAGAAAGAUACCUGGAUUUAAAGUAAAUAAAAGAUUGAAGCGUCUUCGUAUGAAUCAACGUCUAAGAAAAACUUUGCAACCUAAAAAUGCAAUCAUGGUAUUAAACGAAAUGAAAGCUGGAGUUCAAUUUACAUUCCCUGAGACACAAGGACCCAUGCCAAAUUCACUUUAUUUGGUUCAUGCUGAGCUUGAUGGUAAAACUUAUGUUGGACAAGGAUUAUCCAAACCACUUGCCCGACAAAAUGCAGCAGAAAAUGCAUUAAAAGCUUUAUUACUUGAAAAAAUGACAGCAGCAUCUAUGAAAGCACGUUUAGAUGCUGAAUCAGAUGGACAAACCAAUGUACCUAUGGACGGAAUAAAAGAUGAAAGUAAUGACGAUAGCAGUACUAUGGAGACUAAUACUGAAGAUGAGAUUCCAUGGAGUUCAUUGGCCAGUUUUGCCCUUUACAAGCUUUUCCUUGAAUGGCAUAAUCAAGGAACAUCAGUUCCAGUACCACGACCUGGUUUACCAACUGCAAAAGGAGUUAAGAAGGACAAUCUUAGUGCUACGAAACCUCCUACUGAAAAGGAACUUCCACCCAAUCCUACGAAUAUACAUCCAGUUAUGCUACUAAAUCAAAUGAGACCUGGAUUAACAUAUGUAGAACUCAACCGUGUUGGUAACCCACCAAAUACAAUGUUUACUCUAGCUGUUGAAGUUAGUGGAGUUGAAUAUUCAGGAACAGCUAAAAAUAAAAAAGAUGCCAAGAAAGCAGCAGCUAAGGCAGCAUUAUUAGCAUUAUAUGAUUUGACCUAUCCAGAAGAUGUCGCUAAGCCGGAGCUAAUGGCUUAAAAAAGUGACCAAUAUUUUAUUUAACACGAACUUCAAAAUAUAAUGUUAUACACUAAUUGGAUUUUUUUAUUUAAUUGUCCACAAGAUAUCAGUAAUUUUUUUUUAUGAUUUGAUGACACUACUGCUUCUAUUAUUUACUUUAAAUUAAAUUCUUUUGUAUUUCGCCUUUGUAACACAUGAUAAUUGUAUACAUAAUGAAAAUUAUUAUAUGAUCGUUGUCAUAUAAUGUCAAGAUAUAAAUACAAAUUGUGAAACACACGA